AUGAUUAACGAAUACGUAGCACGUCAAGUUGCAUUAAAAGACACCCAGCCAUGUAUAAUAUGUAGUAAACCAUCGACGACGGUUCUAUACAAUGGAUCAGGGCCAGAUUGGUUUUACAGUUGUAAUAUUCACCUAGUUGAUAAUCCACAGUUUGUAGUACCCAUGUAUACCCAAGAGUAUUACUCUUCAUUAGAGGAGUUGAAACGGUUGAAACAGGAAUCCAACUCAUUGACUCAAGAAGAUUUGAGUUCAUGGGAUGGAUGGGUGACUAAAAUUUUUAAUAAGAAACCUAAAGAAGAUUCAAAAGAGAAAGAGAAAGAGAAGGAGCAAGAGAAGGUGAAAGAGAAGGAGUCUACAGAAUCAGUGGUGGAUAGAUCUAGUGAAUUGAAGAAUGAGUACAGAAAAGCGUUGGAUAGAUUAAGUGAAUUACAAAAAAAGAAUAAGAAAUAUAAAUUAAGUCAAAUUAUGUUUGAAAGUAGAACUCAACUAAAGCAAAAACAAGCAGCAAUUGCGGAAUUGAAACGCAAAGAAGCUGAAAGUUAUACGAAUACUGAGCCAGAUGAACUACUAAAUAAGUACUCCUUCCCUGAUAUUCCAAACUCAACCAAAUAG